AUGAUGGAUAUUCCGACGAUCUACAGCUUGCUUGGCGUAGCUUGUGCUUUGCUCUUUCUACGGUGGAGGACAUAUCCUCUUCGACAUAUCCGUACCAUUGGGCCUGCUCUGCCGAUAUUCUCAUACGUUGGCGCGUUGAAGUUCGCUUUCAAUGGCCAUGCUGUUCUCCAGGAAGGAUACGACAAGUACAAGGUGUUCAAGAUUGCGCUUGUAGACCGCUGGCUCGUCGUCGUCAGUGGCGCGGACAUGAACGAGGAGCUCUGUAGAUUUCCAGACGACCAGAUAUCCUUCGAACUUGCGGCUGAAGAGUUGGUACACACGGAGUGGACGAUCCAGCCGGACAUCGUACAAUAUCCCAUACACGUCACAGCCAUCAAGCAGAAACUCACGCGCAAUCUCGCUGUAGUUGCUCCCGCUGUGGUGAACGAGGUCCAGCUCGCCCUGGACGAGCUGAUUCCCGCAAUCGACAAUGACUGGUUACCUAUUGCUGGGUUCCAGACUGUCCAGGAGAUCGUAGCGAGAGCCAGCAACCGUGUUUUCGUCGGAGAACCUCUAUGUCGCAACAAGGUGUUUCUGGACGUCGUGAUAGGCUUCUCCAACGACGUCGUGAAAGGAGUCACGGUGCUUACGUUUGUACCGUCGAUCCUUCAGCCAAUUGUCGGGCCUUUACUCCCUUGGCCGCGUCGGGCGAGGCGUCGCAUCUACCCAAUCUUGAAGCCUAUGUUGGAUGAGCGGCGAAAGCAACUGGAACAGUACGGCGAAGACUGGGCUGACAACCCAGCAAGGGCUUGGUCACCUGAGGAUCUUCUCGUACAGGCUGUCCUGGGUAUGAACUUCGCUGCCCUUCACACAUCGACCGUCUUUCAGAGUUUUACACAUGCGCUGUUCCAUUUAGCUGCAAGCCCAGAGUAUACGCAGCCUCUCCGAGAAGAGGUGGAAAGCGUUCUGAAAGAGGAGGGAGGUUGGACGAAGGCUGCGCUGGGGCGCAUGGUCAAGAUUGACAGCUUCAUCAAGGAAUCGCAACGGCUGAACGGGGUCAGCGGUAUCUCCCUGUUCCGCCGUGCAAUAAAGGAUCUCACGCUCUCCGACGGCACCUGCGUCCCGGCGGGUACCAUCUUGACUGCCAUCGUAGCGUCUACGCACCACGACGAGAACAACUACGAGAACGCGGACGCGUUCGAUCCCUUCCGGUUCUCGAGACUACGGGAGCAAGAAGACGACACGACAAAGCACCAGUAUGUGUCGACCUCGGGCAAGGACAUAAGCUUUGGCCACGGUAGACAUGCGUGCCCGGGACGCUUCUUCGUUUCCCACGAGUUGAAGAUCAUGUUGGCGAACAUCGUCUUGAAGUACGAUGUGAAGUUCCAGGACGGCCGGAGACCAGAGAAUGAGUGGGCUACCAUGACCAACAUGCCGUCCCAGACUGCCCAGGUCUUGUUCAGGAAACGGACGAUGGCAUGUAAGUGA